AACGUUCUGCAACAGCAACAACAGCACUUACUACAAUUACAACACAAUCAGCGAAUUCUCGAGUUAUUCCAGCAACAGCAACUCGGUAACAAUGUUCCGAUUCAUCAGUCUACUGCAGAUUUAUCAGCGAAUUAUUUUGCACAAUCGCAUCCGAGUACAAUUCCCAUUAACUUUAACACGUCUAAUAAUGAGUCACCAACGCUUUCAACUGCAUCAUUUAUGCAGGCUUCAUUCCCGCAAUUGACCAACGGAGCGAUGAACGGACAAGUGCCAUCGCAGUUACUGUUGAACACGAAUGCGGUCACGCCGUCGAUCACAACCCCAUCGUCAUCGAUCUCGCUGAAUAAUAAUUCGAUAAAACCACUGACGGCUAGCAAUCAGUCGAAAGGACCCGACGGAUGCAAUCUGUUCAUCUAUCAUCUACCACAAGACUUCACUGACUCUGAUCUGAUAACGACAUUCUCACCGUUCGGAAAUAUUCUCUCAGCGAAGGUCUUUAUUGACAAGCAAACCAAUCUGAGCAAAUGUUUUGGUUUCGUGAGUUAUGACAAUGCGAUAUCGGCCAAGAACGCGAUAUCGGCGCUGAAUGGUUUUCAAAUCGGAUCGAAACGCUUGAAGGUGCAGCUGAAACGUGGCAAAGAUGCGAAGCCAUACUCGUACCCAAGCGCAGCUUCAACAACAAAUGAUAUGCAAACCAAUCGCACAACUUCUUUAACCAAUUAA